AUGACACCCACCGACCUCGUUAGUCGGCCAAAAGGCCAAUGGAAACAGUCGACAGGGAAAUGGCGGCGAUCGACCAAGGACCUGGUCGGUCGUUCAACAGCCGUCUGGGAUAAUUCGAAGUAUAACUACCAUCAAUCAACGAUGGAAAUGUGGCACAAAUCAGCAGAUACCUGGAAUAAUUCCAAGGAUCGGUGCCAACAGUCAGCUAAAUCGGUGCUUUAUCGAUCGGUGUUAAGAUGGAACCAAACCGCGGAUCAGUUACAUCAAGUCGCGCGGAUUGAAGACUCAAAUGAACGAACGACCCAAGAGCCAACCGAGCUUCAGGUAUCUCCGCCAUCAUCACGGCUAUCACAAUCAUCACAAUCACGAUUCUACUCGCAGCUCUCCAACUCUCCGCAAUCAACAAACCAAUCGCCCAAUACCGCAGCCGAGUUGCCCGCACCACCCAAGUCAAUCAGUCCCUCCAUCAAGCGAUCCUCGCUAUCUCCAGAGCAACAGAUUAUAGAGUUUUACGAGGCACUCAUCCCAGUCAAAUCACUGGUGGCGCAGACAAAAAAGACACGGGAUGACAAGCAGAAAUCUCUAGCCGAGAUCGAGCUGGAAUGGGUCAACUCAACCAUCUCCGAGACCGAGCACGCUGUCGACAAUUUAUUUGCAUUCAUAGGGCCAUUUUGGAUCAAUCAAUGCAAGGAAACCCAAGUCAGCUCGCAAGACUGCAAAAGCUGGAGCCGCCGCAACUAUCAGCGUGCCAUGGAAAGGAAAUCCCACAUGCUCCUUUGCUACAGCAAAGUCGAGACGGUGUUGGGUCAUCUCAAAUCAUUACAAGCGGUCUCAAGUCCUAAAGAUGGCAUAAUUGUCGCUUCGUCUAGGAGUUUGUCGGUCGCUUCUAUUACCACGGAGCUCUCAUGUGAUACGAAGGCCGUACCGGUGUUCGAGCUUCGAUCUUUGCCCCCUGUGCCGACAAUUAUCGUGACACAAUAUGAUGGAGAUCGGGUCGAUGGAACUUCCCCUGUUGCUGGAACUCCUCCUCCGAGCUAUGAAGCAAGUAGAAUGGAUAACACAGAACAGUUACGUUGA